CCAUGGCCGGCCUGUGCCGGGAAGCCUCAUGGGCCGGCGCCGAACCGUGCGCGCCCGGCCGUGCGCCCCGUGAGCCCUGCCCAGUGCGCUCCGACCCCGCCGCGCUCGUCGUCGCCCACCUGAGCACCCGAGGCCGGCGGAGACCAGGCCCAAGGACCAGACUGGCGGCGGGAGGGCGGUCAGACAACACAGCGGGCAGACGGCAGCGGACUCACCAGGAGCUCCGGCGAGUGCCGAAGCUCGGGAAAGAACAGACCUGGCGCGCCGCGCGCAGACACCGCCUCCGCCCGCAGCGCGCGAACGGAGGCGCUACCGGCAGCGCGGGGCCCCGAGGUCCGGCCUCCUCCCAGCGCGGGUCCCUCAGCGGCGCCUGGGUCCUUCUGUCCUUCUCGCUCCCGCGCGGGGAGUCGCCGCCCGCCCCAGCCGCCGGCGCGACCCAGCGAGACCGGCCUCCCGGAGGCAGCGAUGAGACACCACUUGGCCAAGCUGCCUCCAGACAAGACCUGGCCCCUGGAGUCAGGCCGCCCGGGGUCGUAUCGGGUCCCAUCUGUGUGACCUUGAUGAAUAACCGCACUGCGCUGGAUCCCUGCUCUGCAGCAACAAAAGCAGACACCUACCUCCACGGGCUCUGUGAGAACCUACUAAGUGCCAGACCCUUUUCUAAGCUAUGUGAUCCUUGAACCUUCUGUCCCAACCUGGUGGGACAGGUUGGAGAAGGAGAUCU